AUGCCUUCUGCCAACCCUAAGCUAGAGAAACAGGCCUCUACGGAGGCCACUGAUCCGAUUCGUCAAGCGAUCACCGUUAUCGAGCACAAGAUAAGAAAUUUGGAAAAACGCAAGGGCAAACUCGAAGCGUUAAAAGACCUUCAGAAAAAUGGAAAAGAAUUGAAUCUUGACCAAAAAACCGCAGUCGCCAAGUACGAUGAAGUGUUGCAGACCUUGGAGAUAACUCGGGAGCUCUACAAGCAAAUUGUUGGUAUCUCCAAUGACUUUGCUAAGCAACAGAAGAAACAGGCGAGGAAGGAAGCAUUGGAGAGAAUGCAGCAGGACAUUUCUAAGAUCCGAGAAGUCCUGUUGAUCCAAGAUGUGCUGAUUAACAUCGGCGGAGAAGUUGUCCGCGAGGACUUUCUCACUGGUGGGAAUGGCGCAAUAAAAUUGACGCAAGAUGACCUAAAGUUCCUGGACGAUUUUUACAACGAAGUAACAAUGAAGCGUCAGCUUGAACCAAACGACCCACCGUUUAUGCAGCAAUUACAAAAGGCAGCUGAACAUUACAUGGGAAUUCUCGAGGGCAAGCAGCGUGAGGUCGCUGGUACUACUUACCUGAGGAUUAAAGAAAUUAUCACGUCUGUCCAAGCUUGUGGAUACUUUGAUCAGGUCCAGACUGUAGAGACUGAAGUCAUCACUAAUGAAGUUGCUCUAGAAGCACCAGUAGAAGUUGCCACUGGUGAUGGUAAAAAUAUUGUUGAGCAGCCGUCGGAAGAAUUCACAAAUAAUUCCGGCGACGUAACAAUCAUUCCACCCCCGGAGUCAAUGAUUCCAAUGCCCAAUUUUCCUGUACAAGUAACACCGGUAGCGGUUGUUGCCGGUGGAGCCCCUGUAGCUGGCCCAAUGGCGGUAGUUACACCGCAGGCUAUACCAGCACCGCACCCACCAGCACCUGUUGAAACGGCGUACUACGCAAAUGCGGCUGGUUAUGUGCCGCAACCCCAGCAACCCCAGCAGCCACAGCCGCAACAACAACAGCAACAAACACCACGCAUCAAUGACGUUAUUGGAACACCAAAUUUCUUCUUUCUGCAGGAGUCUGAGCUCGACCCACCGGAAGGUGCUGCCGGACAACCACCGACCAUUGUUCAACACAUUCCUCCGCCUCCAGUAAACGCUCCAAUUCCAACCCAAACCUUCACCAACCAAAACUUCACUGGAGCACCUGUCCAAGUGCCGCAGCAGGUUAUCUACCAGCAUGCACCGCAGGAAAUGUCUCAUAUUCCCGGCUUUGCGAAUCCUAAUCCUCCGCCGCCAAUACCUAUGCCACCUUCUCAUCAACAGAACAUCCCUUACAGUCCUCAACAUCCUGCUGGACAGUUCCAACCACCCGCUCCAGGGCAACAGGCUAUCCAGCCGACGCAGAACUUUGAUCAGCAAGAAACUCAGCAGUCUGAGGAAAAACCAGAGCAGCACGCAGAAGAAACUGAAGUAGCUCCAGUAGAAGCAGAUCCAGCAAGUGAACCGGUUAAUUGGUGUCAAAUGGCCGACGCCCCUAUGGACGAGUGGUCUAAUGACAACGCCCAGCAGUCCGAACACUCAGACCACCAGCAGUCCCAGCAAGGAUGGGGUGAACAGAGGAGUAGCUACCGAGGUCGUGGUGGACGUCGUGGUAACUCUAAUGGUUACAAUAGCCGAGGAAGGGGCACUGGUAAUUACCAGCAGAAUGGACGUGGUGGAGGCGGACAAGGAUCCUAUUAUCGCAAUGACAACUCGAAUUAUCAGAACGGUUAUCAGCAACGCAAUUACAACAAUGACGGCGGGAGCUCCAAUUACAACGGUGGAGGCUUCAAACGCGAGCGAGGUGGUGCCAACGGCGGCAGUGGUGGACCACGUACCAAUUCAAGGGGAGGAGAUCGCGUGGGAAUCGAUAGAGGUGGACGCGGUGGACAAUUCCGUGGCGGUCAAAGAGGCGGAAAUCGCGGCGGUGGUUACGCACCACGUGGCAAGCCACAAACGCAACAAUAA